AUGGCAAGAAAUCGUUCUGUGCAGACUCGCGAAUUGGUUGUCGCUUGCUGUUCCAAUUUAGUGGAAGCUCAUGCUCCUCGGAUAAAAUCUGGCUGGCAGAAUUUGUUUUCUGUUUGGACGCUAGCUGCUGGUGAUGUUCAAAAAGACAUCGUUGAGGCAGCUUUUAUAGCCAGCUCUAGAGUGGUUCUUUAUCAGUUUAAAGAAGAUUUUGCUUCGGUUUUAGACGCCUUUCAGGAGGCUUUAAAAUGCUUAGCUGAGUUUGCUUGUAAUACGAAUCAUCCUGACAUGAACAUGGAAGCAAUACGACUAAUUCGCUCCUGUGGAGAGAUCGAAUUGUUGAUGCGCCCUGGGAAGAGUCUUGGAGUGUAUCAGGGGAUCAACGGAUAUGGCUCCGAGGAUGGUUUCCAAUUUUCUUUGAACUAA